AUGCUUCUAUGGGACAUAGAAAUAAAAUAUGCUCCUCUGGUGAAAUAUUUGGAAGUCUAUCUAGACCCCAAACUCAACUGGAAACAACAUCUCGAGAUGAAGAGGACUAAAUUCUAUGCAGCCUUCUGGGCAUGCAGAAGAGCAAUGGGCAAAACAUGGGGCCUAAAACCCAAGAUAGCCCUAUGGUUAUACAAGGCAGUCCUACUACCGAGACUGACCUAUGCAGCCGUAGUCUGGAAGUCCAGAGUGGAAAAAGUGGAAGCUAGGAACCUGCUGAGAAGCCUUCAAGGUAACUACCUGAGGGCGUUAGCGGGGGUCAUGAGAACCACCCCCACAGAGGCGCUAGAAGUAGCACUCUGCGUUCCACCACUGGACAGAAUCAUCAUUUGUAUGGCCAGACUCACGGCCUAUAGGCUAAAAUGCCAAGGCGAGUGGAGGGGUGGAGGAAGACAAAUAGGACUAGAGCUACUCCAAGAAAGCCCCUUCACUCUAAGACAGGAUAGAAUCCCAAAAAAGUACCAGUUAAAUAGGAACUUUAAAGUUCAAAUACCAACAAGGGACGAGUGGAAAACUAUCAGGCUUCCCAUACAUCCGAACACGGACAUCUGGAACUUUAAAGUUCAAAUACCAACAAGGGACGAGUGGAAAACUAUCAGGCUUCCCAUACAUCCGAACACGGACAUCUGCAGAGCAGCGUUAGGCGCGCUCGAAGGAACCACCACUGAAUCAUCAGUGGUAUGGGACUGCAAGCAGGCACUAAAUAAAUUGGGAGAAACUAACAAAGUCACCAUCAUAUGGAUCCCUGGACACAGGGGACUACAUGGCAAUGAAGUAGCGGAUGGCCUUGCAAAACUGGGUACCCUGGAGGACCCGGUUGAGCAGGAGAUGGGCAUUCCCUUCGCCGUUGGUAAAGAAUAUAUCAAGAAGAGCCUAGAAAAGGAGCAUCUGGACUCGUGGAAACGAGGACAAGGCUGCCGGCGGGCUAAACUCCUGAUGGAAAAACCAUCGAAAAGUAGGGCCCGUGAACUACUGACGAUGAACAAAAAGAAAUUGAGGCUCGCAAUUAACCUCCUUACGGGACAUAUGGCCUUAAGAGCACAUCUAUACAACCUGAAAAUGGCUGAGCAAAAAAAUUGCCGGCUAUGCGGGGAAGAAGAGGAGGACAGCAUCCACAUCCUGUGUCGUUGCCCCCUAUUAGCAAUAAGAAGAUACAGAUCCUGGGGGCAGAUGUUCUCAGAACCCAAGGAUCUAAAAGAAAUGAGGAUCAACAAACUAUGUGGCCUGGUAAAUAACACCGGGCUAGACCAAUAG